GCGGGGCGGAGUGGGAGUCGGUUAAAGUUCGAGCGCAAAGAGCCGCCGGCUUCGUUCAUCCAGCGGUCCGUUGAGCGAGGAGCUGCUGCUUGUUGCUGCCAUGGCCGCCUUAGUGAAGAAGAUCAUCAGCACCGCGAAGGCUCCGGCUGCCAUGGGCCCUUACAGCCAAGCAGUGUUGGUAGACAGGACCAUGUAUAUCGCAGGGCAACUAGGCCUGGAUCCCUCAAAUGGACAAUUUGUACCUGGAGGAACAAAGGAACAAGCCAAACAGGCCCUUCACAAUAUUGGAGAAAUUCUGAAAGAUGCUGGCUGUGACUAUGACAAUGUGGUGAAGACUACUGUGCUGAUGGCUGACAUGAAGGACUUUGAUGAUGUGAAUGAAAUCUACAAGCAAUUCUUCAAGUGCAACUUUCCAGCCCGAGCCGCUUACCAAGUUGCUGCUCUGCCAAAAGGUGCACGUGUGGAAAUUGAAGCUAUUGCCAUCACUGGACCUCUGCAAGAUGCCCCACCACGACUAUAAACCUAGUUGUUCUUGGUAUUUUCCUUCCACAGGAUCAGGAAUGAUUUGUGUAGGGAUUCAGUUCUGACACUGGCUUCAUAUAAUGUAGUCAAAUUCAGGACUGGGAUCCUACAUGAAUUCUUCUGGCAAAGAUCCUCCUCCCGCAUCCCCUUUCUACUGUGCCAUAAAUGCUCUGAGCCCUUGCAGGAUUUGGUACACAUGAAGCUCAUUAAAGAUCUGAAUACUUGGGUACAUCUUGGCCCUUGAAGUAGUAUUUUGAGGGAGACUGUGAAAUAGUUUAUGGAAAAAAUUAAUGUAGAUUCAUUCCGUAGUGAUUAGAAGCCAAGAUAGCAUUCUUGCUAUGCACUACAUUAAGCAACCCUACCCAUAAAAAUGUUUGACGGAAAGACUAUGAUGGAAUCUUUCGGAAUACUGUAUUGGAGGUGGAUGUUAACUUUAGAUUUAGCCACUUUGAAAAACAUAGUCUUGGACUUCUGUCCUGACCCCAUCUGACUUACUAAACAACCUAAUGUUGAUGCCAAUUUUAUACUGAGAGGAUCUUUUGAGGUGUUUUGUAUUUUUAAAUAACAUUACCUUCAAAAAUAGCUAAUUUUAAUUAACUUUGUGGUUGUGGGGGUGUUACAUAAUAAACCAGUUGCAUAAAGUA